AUGGCGCAAGAUUCGGAAGUUAUCUUAACAUUGAGCAAGAGCAUCGUUCGACGGUACCAUGAAUCAGACGCCGAUGCAAUCGUUCGUGGCGCGAAUACACAUCUAGUCUCUCAAUAUAUGACAGAUGCUUUUCCGAGCCCAUACACGCUUGAGGAUGCGGCAAGGUGGAUUAAAAUUGCCAGUGAAGAAGGGGCUCUUGAAUUCGCAAUUUGCACUCUUGAUAGUAAUACUCUUAUCGGUAGCUGCGGACUGCAGCAUCUGAAGGGUGUAGAAUCAAGAACAAAAAUUCUUGGAUACUGGUUAUCAACAGAUUAUUGGGGUCAAAGCAUAAUGACGGAGGUCAUCGCCGGAUUCAGUCAAUGGAUAUUUGAGCAGGCUCCUACACUGCUUAGAUUGGAAGCCAGCGUUGUCGAAGAAAAUGAAGGGAGCAUGAAAGUAUUAAAGCGGGCAGGAUAUCAGUAUGAGGGUACUAGAAAAAUGGCUGUUUGUAAGAACGAGAAGAUAAGCAAUGUUGCGCUGUUUGGAUUUACCAGAGAAAAUUACGCCAAGAUGGCUGGGGAGGAAAUCAAAACUGAUUAUUAA